UGGUGGUAAGUUUGUGACGCAUUACUUCCAUCUGACUGCUACUGUACUGUAUCCCUUAAAUGACCUCCACAUAAUAACUCACACACAUAAUCAACACGACUAACUGACCAACACCAAAUUACCUUCGAUCUGGAUGCCAAGAGCCAUGGCCUGGACUUCUAGAUUAAUCACCAUUGCUGUUCUGAUCGCCCUCAUUGGAUGUUUCACUGGUGCACAAGCCAACUAUCGUCGUCCCACUCGUGUUGGAGUGAGCUGCUGUAAGGAAGUGUCAAAAGGAACAAUCCCUGCUACAAUUAAACUGAUGGGAUACAAGCAUCAGAAUGCUCUGAGUCCAUGUGUGGAUGCUAUAAUAUUCUACACAGAGAAGGAAAAGUUAUGCUCAGAUCCAAAAGCGACCUGGAUUAAAAACCGUCUGAAUGGUCUGAAAAAGAUAGUGGACUGAGAAAACGGAGUCCUAGAGGAUGCUGCAAAUCUAUCAACAUAUGUAAUCAAUCUAUCUAUUAAAAAGAGAAUAUAUAUUCUGUAUGUUUAUUUAAGCAAAAAAAAAAAAAUACUAUUUGAUCCUCUUUAUCUUUAUCUUAUGUGAAUGUUAAGAGAUGUUUAAUGGCUUUGUUUAAUCUGCUUUAAAAUUCAAAUGCAAUAUUUGAAAAAUAACCAUUCAAAUUGUGCUUCUUUUGACACAAACAUCCAGACUUUCGGACUGUAUUUAAUCAUAUUUAAGCUGAAUCAUUAAA